CAUCAGUAUCUCUCUUUGCACUUGAGUCCUUAUUAUCUCUCCCUGGCUUCACCACAAGCAACCAAGCUGUCUCUUGUUGGAUGUGUAGCUGGCUUGUUGGAAGCACUGAAACACAAACCCAAAACCAAAACCAAAACCAAAACCAAAACACCAGCUUUCUCUCUCUCUUCUAGCUCUAAUUCUGUGGUUGUGCACAAGUGCAAGCUAAAUAGAUGGUAAAGCUGCUGCUCCUGCUGCUUUUCUCAGUAGCACAACUGUGAGUUUGGUCCAAGUUUUGAUUUCUUGUAUUUAUUUUGAGUUAUUGUUUCCAAUUAUUUUAUAUCAUAUGCUCUCUCUUUCUCUUCAAAGCACGCGUCUUGUAAGUGAGAACUGUUGAAAUUAGCAGCAUAGGUUGGUGGGUUUAGCAGUACCCUAAUUCUAAAUCAGGUGGAAGUGGGAGAAAAAAAAAAAACAACACGAUAAUUAGUUAAGCUACCUCUAAUUAUCUCUUUGAAAAAUUGUCGGCCUUUUCGAUUGGAAGAGAAGUUACAAGGUACAAAAUCUUGGUAGCGGUCCAAGAUCUAAGCUAGGAUAGAAGAUUGAGAGGUUCCAUCAGUGCAUAAAUAAUGGAAAUGAAAGCGCAAGAAAAAGAACUAGGAACCCCAGGAUCUUUAAGCUAUGGUGGUCAUCUCAUUGGAGGAUCACUAGAAGUUGAGAGAAGAAGAGAUGGAUUUCAUGGUGGAAGUGGAACUGCAAGCCGCAGUCGUACACAAUCCCUAGCUCCUCAACAACACCACCCUAGUCAAGCAAGAGUUACAGUCACAGUCCCAGAUCCAGUUACUAGUGCAACAAUUGCACCCAUGUUAGGCAGAUCCAACUCAAACCCACAAUCAGCAGCAACAGUUAGAUACCGAGAAUGCUUAAGGAAUCACGCAGCGAGCACUGGAGGCAAUGUUUUUGAUGGCUGUGGAGAGUUCAUGCCAAGCGGUGAAGAAGGAUCCCUAGAAGCUUUGAAGUGUGCUGCUUGUGAUUGCCACAGGAACUUUCACAGAAAAGAGGUUAAUGGUGAGACUCAAUUCAGUCCUGGUUCAAGAAGAAGUAUAGUGCUAAGCCCUCUUCAAAUCCCCCCACUUUCAUCUCCAGCUGGAGUGCUACACCAUCAAAAAUUCUCAAUGGGGUUUCAUACAAACCCUACUGCUCCCAUUGUUCAACCAAUGAAUGUAGCUUAUGGUGGUGGUGGGGGAGGGACUGAGUCUUCAAGUGAAGACCUCAAUGUGUUCCAUUCAAAUGCAGAGGCAAUGCCACAGCCACCAUUUUCUGUGUCAAAGAAGAGGUUCAGAACUAAGUUCACACCGGAACAGAAGGACAAGAUGUUAGAGUUUGCUGAGAAGGUUGGGUGGAGGAUUCAGAAACAAGAUGAAGAGGAAGUGGUGAAGUUUUGUGCUGAGAUUGGAGUGAAGAGACAGGUUCUUAAGGUUUGGAUGCACAAUAACAAGAAUUCAAUGAAGAAGCCGAAUGAGACUGAAAAGCAAACUUUUGAGAUGGGUAAUGCCAAACCAGUGGCAGUGGAGGGAGGCAUAGAGGCUGAGAUGUAGAAAAACUAGAAAGACUAGGAUAAGGUUUGUAUAGGAUGGGGUGGUGGGUUAUCAAGAAUUUUAUGUCAGAAUCUUUGAUGUGGGAUUAGUGUAAUUCUUUUAAAAAUCCCUAGCUAUUGUUGCCUUGUCUUAAUGAUUAUUUUCCCAAUUCACUUA